UGUAUGAUAAAUAAUUUAAAACAAACUCUUUUGAAAAUACUUUCCACGUUCAGACAAUUGAAAUAACAUCACCCCAACAAUUAAAUGAAACAACACAAAAGCUACGAUGUUCCAUGCAUUGCAAUUAGGCUUGUCUUACAAUUUUACUAUUCAAAUUAAUAACUAAAUACUGCCAUGCUUUUCAUUUUAAUAUGAGAACACGGGAUUUUCUUUGCUUGAAUAAAAUAUGAAGAUAAUUUUCAAAUAUUGAUUUGUAAAUUGUUCAAGAGUCUUCCCUAUAAUAGUUUGUUGAUGGACUAUAAAAGGACUCGAGGUUGAUGGGGCUUUAGUGAGUUUCCUUGUGAUUUUUCAACCGGAAGGAUGGACGUGAAAUCUUCAGUGAAUUCUGUCCCUCAGUGGCUCUCAAAGGAAUACAUUCAGAAAGUUUUGCGAGAAUACAAAAAUGACAAUUCGUUGAUUGUUAAAUCCUCAGAAUGUGUCCAAGUUGGUGGGAAUAGAGGGGAACAAUUCCCUGGUUUAAUGUGGAGAUUUAAUGUGAAUUACGAGACGAAGGCUUCGCAUACUGUGACAAAGGGAACGUACAUAGUUAAGGGAUCCUUGGACAAGAAAUCCGCUGAAUGGAAAAUUUUCUCUCAUUUGGGACUUUUUCAGCGUGAAAUGGAGUUUAAUGAGAAAAUUCAGAAGGAAAUGGCGAAAAUCCUUUCAAAUAUUGGCGAUAAUUCACAAAUUUUUCCCGUUGCGAUUGCUUUUGACCCGGAUAGGGAAGCGAUUGUUUUUCAGGACCUAGUUCCACGGGGAUAUAAAAAUGUCGAUAAGAAGACGGGAUUGGAUUUGGUGCAUGCUGAAAUGGUUUUGAGUAAAUUAGCAAGGAUGCAUGCGGCUUCAGUUGUGCUGUAUCAGUCAGAACCUGAGAUUGCGGAUAAAUUUUCAGUUGGACUCCUCAGUCAGGAGAAUACGGAGCUCAAUAAAAUAUUUGCAUCCACCUUGGAUGUGUUGAUUGAGGAAGUUGGCAAAUGGGAUAAGUUUAAGAAUUAUCCAGCUAAGUUGAAGAAAGUUCGAAAAGAUUUCUGCCAGAGAGCUAGCAAUGCCUACAGAGCAUCAGAUUGUUUUAUGAAUGUCCUUAUUCAUGGGGAUUUGUGUACAAAGAAUGUCCUUUUCAAGUACAAUUCAAAGAAUGAACCAAUUGACGUACUCUUCGUGGAUCUUCAGCUCACCAGCUGGACAUCCCCAGCUGUGGAUUUACUCUACUUCUUCCACACAUCCCUCCAGGAGAAUAUUCGUCAAGGAAAAAUCGAACACUUGGUCUACUUCUAUCAUACAGAACUCUUUCAAAUUCUCAGUAAAUUCCCAACAAUUCAGACAAUUCCCUCCCUGGCAGAACUACAAAGAAUGCUCCAUGAGAGACGAUUUAUAACUCUCUUUAGUGGACUCCUCAUUCAACCAGCUAUGAUAGUGGAUGAUGAGACCACGAAGCUUUCACGUGACAUUGGCAAUGACAAAGGAAAAAUUUGUGCCCUCUACCGAAAUCCAAAAGUUCAGCAAGCAAUUAAAUAUUUGCUACCAUUACUGGAGAAACAGGGAGUUUUUGAUUAAUUUAUAGU